CAGGUCUGGGGAGGAUUAUGUCAUCCCAGCUAUGGAAUGAUGAGGUUUUUUUUUUUUAACUUCUUAAAGAUGCUUCCUUAUGGAACUGAUUGACAGAAUGGAGAGAAGAACAGAGUAUAUAAAGAGACUGAACUCCUGUUCCAAGCCACUCUAGACAAGGCUCCCCCUGAAAUAACGUUUAUCCUGUCAGGAAAAACUUUUGACUUUGAACUUUAAUUCAUGGUCACGUCUGUGCACUUUAUUACGGAUAUUUGGCUUGGGCUAUAAACAAGGCAGUCAAGUUUUACUCGGCUUUGCUUUUUUUUAUCAGGAGUUAUGCUACGGAGAAAAUUGUUGUUCCUACUCAUCUUGAUAUCAUUCAGUGUUUUUAUCUCUGGUCAAGAUGAAGAGAAAGAGGAUGAAACAAAUUUUGAUCUAUUUGAAAUCAGUAACAUAAAUAAAAGGACAAUUGGAGCUAAAAUAUUUCGUGGACAUGAAUCCAGCUCUCCAGCAUUCCGAUUCCUUCGGUUUGAUCACAUCCCUCCUGUCAAUAGUGAGAAGAUGAAGCAGAUAACAGAGCUGAUUCAACAGAAUGAAGGCUUUAUUCUUACAGCCACGAUAAGACAAGACAAGCGCAACAGAGGGACUUUAAUUGCAAUUGAAGGUCCUGGUAUCUCCAACAGACUUUUUGAGCUUGUUUCAAAUGGACGAGCCAAUACUUUGGAUCUAAUUUAUUGGGUUGAUGGAUCUCAGAAUGUUAUAUCCUUAGAGGAUGUUGACCUGGCAGACUCUCACUGGAAAAAUAUUACAGUUCACUUGUUGGGUGAAAACUUCAACCUUUAUGUUGGCUGUGAUCUGAUAGACAGCUUUCAGUUAGAGGAAACAUUUUAUGAGCAUCUAAGGGCUGAUAACAUCAAGAUGUUUUUAGCUAAGGGUUCAAUACGUGAAAACCAUUUCCGGGGACUGCUUCAAGAUGUGCGUCUUAUUUUUGACAUUUCAGUUGAGGAUAUUUUGAGGAAGAAAGGCUGUCAGCUAAGCCACACAGGUGAAGUCAAUAUGAUCAAUGAAAAAACAGAAAUUCUUCACCUCACUCCUAUGACCACUGAAUAUGUUGGCCAGAAGAUAGACAAACAGAAUGAUUUUUGUGACCACUCUUGUGAUGAAUUGAGAAAUAUGUUCACUGAGCUGACCAGGCUACGCAUUCUUGUAAACAACCUUCUUGAUAACCUUCAAAAAGUGUCUGAAGAGAACCAAGUGCUGUGGGAACUUAUUGGACCCAAUAAAACUCUAAAGAACCAGUCAAUGUGCUUGCAAGAUGGGCGUCUUUUUGCAGAUAAUGAAGACUGGAUUGUUGACAGCUGCACAAAAUGUACUUGUCAGAAUUCAAAGACAGUUUGUCAUCAGAUUACUUGCCCUCCAGUGCACUGUGCCAGCCCAACUUUCAUUGAUGGAGAGUGCUGCCCUAUGUGCUUCCCAAUGGAUAGUGAAGCUGGUUGGUCUCCAUGGUCUGAGUGGACAGAGUGCUCUGUGACUUGUGGCUCUGGAACACAGCAGCGAGGAAGAUCCUGUGAUGCCACCAGUAGCAGUUGUGAAGGUUCAUCUAUCCAAACUAGGACAUGUAAUCUAGGGAAGUGUGACAACCGCAUACGUCAGGACGGUGGCUGGAGUCAUUGGUCACCUUGGUCAGCAUGUUCUGUUACCUGUGGAAUUGGCAAUAUCACACGUAUUCGAUUGUGUAACUCCCCUAAGCCACAGCUAGGUGGGAAAAACUGCACAGGAACUGGGCGUGAAACAAAGCAAUGUGAAGGAAUCCCUUGCCCAAUAAAUGGAAAAUGGGGGCCUUGGUCACCUUGGUCCAGCUGUACUGUCACAUGUGGUGGAGGUCUGAGAGAGAGAUCUCGUCUGUGUAAUAACCCCAAGCCACAAUAUGGCGGAAAGAAGUGUGGUGGUGAUCCAAAAGAAAAAGAAAUGUGCAAUAAGCAGGACUGUCCUAUUGAUGGGUGUUUGUCUAAUCCUUGCUUUCCUGGAGCAGAAUGCAAUAGCUACCCUGAUGGAUCCUGGUCAUGUGGAGCAUGUCCUGCUGGUUUUGUCGGCAAUGGGACCUUCUGUGAAGAUCUUGAUGAGUGUGCCCUGGUAUCAGAUGCCUGCUUCAACCUGGGUGGACUUCAUCGCUGUGUGAAUACAGAUCCAGGUUAUCAUUGUUUGCCAUGUCCACCUCGUUACAAAGGUACCCAGCCUUUUGGUGUAGGUAUUGAAGUAGCCAAGAAGGACAAACAAGAAUGUGAACCUAUAAAUCCAUGCAAGGAUAAAAGCCACAACUGCCACAAAUAUGCGGAAUGUAUAUACAUUGGACACUUUAGCGACCCUUCCUAUAAAUGUGAAUGCCGAACAGGAUACGCUGGCGAUGGUAUUAUCUGCGGGGAAGACUCAGAUUUAGAUGGAUGGCCCAAUAAUAACUUGAUCUGUGCUGCCAAUGCCACUUAUCAUUGUAUCAAAGAUAAUUGCCCUCUCCUGCCUAAUUCAGGGCAAGAAGACUUUGACAAGGAUGGAGUUGGUGAUGCCUGUGACAAAGAUGAUGACAAUGAUGGGGUGGAUGAUGAAAAGGAUAAUUGCCCCCUGCUUUAUAACCCACGUCAGUUUGACUAUGACAAAGAUGAAGUUGGUGAUCGCUGUGAUAAUUGUGUCCAUGUGCACAAUCCAGCCCAGAUUGACACUGACAAUAACGGAGAGGGAGAUGCUUGUGCUGCUGAUAUUGAUGGCGAUGAUAUCUUAAAUGAGCUUGAUAAUUGCCCAUAUGUCUACAAUACUGACCAGAAAGAUACUGAUAAGGAUGGUGUUGGGGAUCAGUGUGACAACUGUCCAUUAAUGCACAACCCAGACCAGACUGAUGUGGAUAAUGAUUUAGUUGGUGAUCAGUGUGAUAACAAUGAAGACAUUGAUGAAGAUGGUUACCAGAACAACUUGGACAAUUGUCCUUACAUCCCUAAUGCAAACCAAGCUGACCAUGAUAAGGAUGGUAGAGGAGACGCAUGUGAUUCAGAUGAUGACAAUGAUGGUGUUCCUGAUGACCGAGACAACUGUCGACUUGUUUAUAAUCCUGACCAAAAGGAUUCUGAUGGUGAUGGUCGAGGUGAUGCUUGCAAGGAUGACUUUGAUAAUGAUAGCAUUCCAGAUAUCCAUGAUGUGUGCCCUGAGAACAGUGACAUAAGCGAAACUGACUUCAGGAAAUUUCAGAUGGUACCCCUGGAUCCAAAGGGAACUGCACAGAUUGAUCCCAACUGGGUUAUUCGCCACCAGGGCAAGGAAUUGGUACAGACAGCCAACUCAGAUCCUGGCAUAGCUGUGGGUUUUGAUGAAUUUAGCGCAGUUGACUUCAGUGGUACAUUUUAUGUGAACACAGACCGUGAUGAUGACUAUGCAGGCUUUGUGUUUGGCUACCAAUCCAGCAGUAGGUUUUAUGUGCUCAUGUGGAAGCAGGUCACUCAGACAUACUGGGAGGACAAACCAUCUAGGGCUUAUGGAUAUUCUGGUGUGUCUGUCAAGGUUGUCAACUCCACAACAGGGACUGGAGAACACUUAAGAAAUGCCCUCUGGCAUACUGGGAAUACACCAGGAGAGGUAAGAACCUUGUGGCAUGAUCCAAAAAAUGUUGGCUGGAAAGAUUAUACUGCUUACAGGUGGCAUCUGACUCAUAGACCUAAGACUGGUUUUAUUAGGGUAGUAGUAUAUGAAGGGAAGCAGAUCAUGGCAGACUCAGGCCCUCUUUAUGACAAGACAUAUGCUGGUGGACGACUGGGGCUCUUUGUUUUCUCCCAAGAAAUGGUUUACUUCUCUGAUCUUAAAUAUGAAUGUAAAGAUUUCUAAAAUCACAUUCAUGCCAUAUGUGGAAUGUACUGUAGAUCCUGAGUGACCAAGACACCUCAGCUCACCCUGGUAUUUCCAGACUUCAUUCGAUUUACCUCUACAAGGGAGAGCAACACCUCAUGUACUAUCUGAGAUGGAAACAGAGCAGAUGAUAUUUAUGAACAUCAUACACAGAGAAGAGAUACAAAUGCAUCAUGACAGCUGUUUAGUUAAUUAAUCUGCAAUAUAGAGUUUUGUACGUUCUCUAGUGAUGCAGCUUUAAUAUAACUUAAGACGGAUAAUAUAUAUAUAUAUAUAUAUAUAUAUAUAUAUAUAUAUAUAUAUAUAUAUAUAUAUAUAUAUAUAUAUAUAUAUAUAUAUAUAUAUAUAUAUAUUUCCUAAGCCAUUGAUAUUUGAAUGUUUCUGUUGUCUUUAUUUUGCCAACAAAAUGCCUUUAUUGGAGUUAGUGAGUUUUCGAUUGAUAUACGCUUAGCCAAUGUAAGCCCAAUAUCACGCAGUGGUAAAUAGCUAAUGGUUCUGCCAAUCACCUUGCAAGAAACAUUACCCGUGUAAUGUUCUCUCUUGAGUUUUAGGGUAAAUGAUCAAACACUUCAAAUAAAGGCAAUCUUCCAACACACACAGAGUCACUGGCACCCAUUACAUUGUAGCAGAAAAGUUAUGAUUUAACAGCCUCGGUUACCAUUUUAAGCCCUAAAUAUCACAAUGACACAGAGUAUUAAAAUAAAAUAUUUAGAGGUGUAAAUACACAUGCCCACCAAACAGGGCAAUGGUUAAGAUUUUGCUGUUUUGGUCAUUAUGUUUAACAUGACCCAAAUAUAUACCAACAAAAUGCCCAGUACUUGAAUGUUUUGGAGUAAACAGAAUGCAGCAGGCGAAAUGCUGGCAUUAACCACAGUGCUUUUAUUAUAAAUUAGUCACUUACUCACAAUUAUUUUAGUUUAAAAAUGCAAAGCCGUAUAUGAAUUAAAAGGAUUAUUUUUAUUUAAUUUAAUGUUGGCCUUAAGGAUCAGCAUGAAUAAUAUAUAGCAGCCAAUGCAAAUAAAAUUAGAUACAUGAAAGUCUAUUUUUAAGCAUCCACACAUUUUAUUUGUAAAAACAGGUGCCUUUUAGUGGGUGAGAACUAUUAGCAACAUUUUUCAAUGGAAAAAAGCAGGGAUUUUUUCAACUGUAUAAAUCAGUCAAAAAUAUAUAGACAUGGGAUCUAUUGUCCAGAGCAUGAGUUUCUAGAAAGCUCCAAAAUACUGCAAUGGCAUUUUACAUAGAGACCUAUUUAAACAAACAACCCUUCAUGAGUGACAGAUUUGCUUUUUGACUGUACUAAUAUGGCAGUAUCUUGUAAGAUUCACUUAUUUCAAAUUUUCAAAUUUUUUUUGGUGUCAAAAUUCACAGAUUCGAAUUUUAACCCCCAAUUCGAAUGUAAAUUCAAAUGUGUGAUUUAUCACACAGCAACCAUGGAAAUAGUUUUUAAUUUGAAUAUUUGCCACCUAAAACCUGCUGAAUUAAUUUACAAGUAAAUGGCAGAGAUCCAUUGACCCACUGUAAUAUGUUAAUAGCCUUCCUGACAUUUAAUUUUUUUCAGAGUAGAAUUCUAUUCGAGUUUCAUUCGAAUUCAAUUAGAAUAUAAAGAAUUUUUCAGAUUGUUCCCAUUCGUUCAAAUUUUAGACAUUUGAAUUAUGGUGGCAAGCCCUCAAAUAAAGGCAAUCUUCCAACAAAUUUUAGAAAUCAAGUAGAAAAGAUUUAUUGUGUCUUGUGUCUUAUGCGUUUCGUGUUGCAAACACUUAAUCAUAGGUAGGGAUGGGAGAAUUUUUUUGGCUUUUUUCGCCAUGGAAUUGAUGCCCAUAGACUUGUAUGGUGCCGUGCGACAAAAAAUUUCGAUGCGCAACGAAAUAGUUUUGAUGCCCAUAGACUUUACUGGGCGUCAGCGUCAUUUCGCUUGCGGUGAAUUUUUGGCGAAACUAAAUGGGUCAAAUUUGCCCAUCCCUAAUCAUAGACUGAGUAAGUGACGCUCAAACAAAUAUUUAAACAAAAGUGCACCAAUCAUAACACUCCAACAAUAAAAGCAUUAACCAAUCCCUGAAAGUCCCACAUCAGACCAACCCUUGUGUUCAUUUAUCUCAGGUGCAUCUCUUUAAGGAGAGUAUUUUGAGCCAAGCCUCUUUUUAAGUAAGAGCCAAGCCUCUUUCAGAUAGAGGCCAUUGUGGUACACCUCUGUAGAUAAAUUUGUAAAUAGGUGUAGGCAUUAAAGAGUCCAUUGUGGUACACCUCUAUAGGUGCACCAGAAGAGGCCAUUUUGGUACACCUCUAUAGGUAAAUUUGUAAAUAGGUAUAGACAUUUAAGUACAACACACAUGAGGUUUUAUCAGUGCCAUAUUAGUAUACAUUAAACAGGAAACUAUGGCGAAUGUGUGUGGAUAAAAGGAUAAAUAUUAAUUCAAAUUGCACCUUCAGAUAAAAACAGAUGAAAAAGAUCAUCCCAUCAUCAUUUCUGAAUGAAGACUAGGUUACAGCAAAAUAUCUAUGAAGGGUUUCCCAAAGUAAAGUAUACCAAUUUAUUGCUGGUUACUAAGGGUUCCUGGAAGUAUUUUAAUUGAAAAAGAGUCAGCAUAGUUAUUAACCUUAUUAAUCGUAUGUAGUAUCAGCCUACGGCCUAUUAAUUUUACAGAAUAGGUAAUUUUAUUGCCAAAGCACAGGAACCAAGAGAGAAGAAACAUUAUCAAAAAGUGCAGGUGACUUUUACUAAUUUAUGAAAUUUACAAUGUGUCAAUCGAAUACAUAAAACUCUGCUCUGCAAAGGGGAAACAUUUCUCAAGAAGUUAAUUCUUUAAUUGUGUUUCCUUUGACAUCUUUGUACAAUGUGUCUUAUGAUAUGCAUCAAAGCAAAUAUUUUUAUUUUAUGUAAGGAUGUAUGUUUUUGUUUUCCCUAAAAAGUAGGGCUUAUAAAGUACCUAUUUCAACAAUAUUUCAGGUAAUCAGUGAAAAACUUUAGACUUUAUAAACUUUUUUUGCAUUUUAAGGCAAUCUGAUAGGUCACAAUCAAUAUAAAAAUAUGGCACUUUAUUAUACAAUUAUAUCAAGAGAUGUUUUCUAUAAAAUAGAAACAGAUUUUAAUUGCUUUUUUUUUAUUUAGAAUGCAGAAAUACAAGAAAGGAAAUAUAACUGUGGAUAGAAAUGUAUGUCUGAAAGUCAUAAAUGGAAAAUAAAAGAGAAAGAGAGAAGUUUUUAUUAUGUACCACAACACCCUUUUAAUAUACUGCUAGAAUGCUGGUAUGUUAAUUAUAAAACAUGGUUUUCAUUUACUCUUACCACAGCUUCCUUAGAGAAGUAUGUAAUUCUGGUUUACUGUAAAAUGAUGGAUGUGUGGAGUAUUUCAUUUGUAGCAAAAUCCCUUUAAAAUUCACUUGUCAUCUGGUGAUUUAUGACUGUUUUUACGGUACUUUGUUUUUGUGGUACAAUUUUUGUUGGAUGAACACAGUUGUGUUUUGGAACCAUGUCUGACUGUUGUAAAUAGAAUUGUAGAAAAUGACCACACAAUUUUUUAAAACCAUUAUUUCUUUUUAGUAUAUUCUUUUUUUAUAAUCUUUCAAAAAAACCAUAUUUUUUAAGAACAUCUAUGUACAGAUAGAAUUUAAUAAGGACCUUUUAUUUGGAUUACGGUAUAAACUGUGUUUAUUCCAUUAUUCAUUCUUUCUCUUAAGUUAAAUAAGGCCAUUUUGUUAUGGAUCCCUUGCACAUUUUAUUAUAUUUCUCUGCUAAGGAUAUUGUUGAACUGUUUAUUUUCUUUCCAUACACCACACUUCAUUACUUUAUUAAAUCUAUGCAUUGUCAUUGAUGUGUUGUUUAUCUGGGCUUGUGUUCCGCAGACCUUUGAACAGAACUGAUGUUGAUAUCUUGUAGACUGUACCAUAAUUUUUCUUUUGUAAAUUAUUUAUGUCAUGUUUUCCUUUCCUUACUACUUUUAUUAGUUAUGUUACCUAAAAAAAGUUUCAUUUUUGUUUGACAAAAGAUUGUUAAUAAUUAUUUAUUUGGUUACUUAGACUUUGAGCAUCCCUAGUUUAGUCAGUCACUGCUUGUUAUAUGCUAGGAAAUAAACUAUGAAUAAGGUUUAACAAAAAAUGUUGCUUUAACUUGUUCAUUUGGGAGUACAUGCAUAAAGUGCAUUCACUUAGGCCAGCUGCCUACUGUAAAUCCUCUUUGGAUUCAGAAUGUCCAUUUGUGCUUUUAAAAACCUUUUUCCCUGACUAGAACUUUACAUGCAUUAAGAUUUAUUCUAUGAUGAAAGCAACAGGUUGCUAAAAGUAAGCACGUAUAAAGGUAGCAUUCAUAUAUCAAGUUGAUUCAUGUAAAAGUCUGUCAGAUAAAACUAGCCCCUAAGAUGUUUAUAGAUAUGCCUUUUCCUAGCAAAUUAAAAAUACUACAUGCAAUAUAUUGGAACUUAAUAUAACAUCGUAGGAACUAUAUCUGUUAAAGAAACAAAAUCAGUUUCUGUAUGGGACAAAUGUUACAGAGGUCUAUGGAAUAUAUUGGUUGUUAUAAAUAACAACUUUCUUUAAUGCACCAAACAAUUUGCUGAAAGUUGUUAUGUUGACAUAUCCUACAAAGGGAGUUAAAAAGAAAAGCCGUUUCAAACUCCUUUCCAUUUUCAACUCCUUUUAGGACUCACUGACUACCCUGUAGGUACGUUUUUAGCGUUUCUAUUUUGAAUAUUUAAUGAUAAUCUUUUGAACGUAUAUUGGCAAUAGGAAUGUUAGAAAUGACAUGUUCUGGAAUCAAUCUUGUAUAUGAUAUAGCCUACUUAAAAAGAUAAGCACAGAAUUAAACACAAUGACAAUGCUGGGGUAACUUUUGGCAGCGCAGAAUUAAACACAAUGACAAUGCUGGGGUAACUGUUGGCACCAUGCCGAGCUAAGUAUUAGUAGAGAAGGAGUAUGGAUAUUUUUUUAUUUGAUGCUUUAAAAUAAAAAUCUUUUGCACUGUU